AUCAUUACACAUGAACACUGCAUUAUACAAAGAUGCAUUAUUUCAGGAAUGCUGUGCUCCUACAUUCAUAUGUGCAAGCCAAGAGUUACUACUUUGAGAGAUUUUUAUUUAGCCACAUUCAUCAUAACACAUGCAGGUUACAACACGCCAUCCCUUCACACAGCUAAAUAGACUGUUUUAAGUUCACAUUCUGUCAUUUGAGCAGAGGAUACUUGUCUAUAUGAGAAGAUGUCUUCAUUGUCUGAGUCAAACCAAAGGAGGAUUGUGCUGCUGGGGAAAACAGGAUGGGGCAAAAGCAGUGCAGGAAACACCAUCUUUGGAGGAGGAGAUGAAGAGUUCAAGAUAGACAGUUCAGCCAACUCUGAAACACACAAGUGUGAAACAAAGACCAAGAUCAUCAAUGGAAGAAAGCUCACUGUAGUAGACACACCUGGACUCUUUGACACAAACAUCCCUGAAGAGGAGCUGAAACCUGAACUAGUGAGAUGUAUUGUAGAGUGUGCUCCGGGGCCACAUGCCUUUCUCAUUGUGCUUAAAGUGGGAAAGUACACAGUCCACGAGGAACAAGUCAUUGCAGAAAUUGAGGAAUGUUUUUCACCAGAGGCCUUCAAAUAUGCCAUAGUUCUCUUCACUCAUGGUUACCAGCUCAAAGGUAGAGCCAUUGAUGAUUUUGUGAAAACUAACAAGAAAUUGAAUGAGCUUGUGAAGAAAUGUGGUGGCCGCUGUCAUGUCAUUGAUAAUGAAUUCUGGAACAACAGUCAGCAGGGUCAGUACAGCAACCAGUACCAAGUAGCAAAGUUACUCAACACCAUAGAGGAGAUGAUGAGAGAGAACAGAGGAGGAUGUUACACCAACGAGAUGCUCAAAGCAGUGAUGCGGGAAAUAAAAGUAGAGAUAGAAAGUAUUACAGAGGAGUCAAAAGGCCAGAAGUCACCGGAAGAGAUCAAAGAACAGGCCACUGAAAAUGUGUGGAAGAGACUCCUGAUCAAAUUGACAGGGAUAGCAACAGGUACAAUAGUGGCAGCUCUCCUUGGGGUUGCAGGGGCAGUAGCAUUAGUUCGCUCAGUACUUGGUAAGAUUCCCACGGUAACUGAACUUGCAGCAGGAGGACUAGGAACAGCAAUAACAGUAAGCAUAGCUGGAGGAGUUGUUGCUGGGGGAGCAAUAGGAGGGGGGAUGAUAGGAGCUGCUGCAGCAGAGGAUGCAGAGACACCAGGAGAGGCAGCAAAGAAAGCAGCUGAGGCAGUCUGGGAAGUGGGUAAGUAUAUCUUGGAGGAGGGUAAAGGUAUUUUGGACAGUGUAAGAAGUGUGUCAGAGGGGUACAGCAAACUGAGUUUGAGUGAAGAAAAGAAGUAGCAGGAGCACUCUAGGUAUUCAGAAAACACAGGUGAAAUUAGUCAAUGAGUGUUAACAACCUCUGUUUCAAUAGUUUACUAAACACAACAGUCAGUACCAUACCACAGAAGAAGAAAAACUGUUCAAACAAAUAACCAUUUCAGACAAAUCAAACCUGUCAUGUCAUUGUUUUAACAUAAUUACAGUAGCACAUUUUUUAUUUCAAUGUUUUACCGAAUUACACUAGCACAUUUUUGAUUGCUAAUUUCAAAUGAUUAAAAGACAAAUAAUUUCCUUUCAAUGUAAAUCAUGUAAUGAGUGACAUGAAAAAAAGCACACACAAAAAGAACACGAUAUAUAACAUGAAUGAUUAUAACAUGUCAUUAUAACAGUGUAUGAGUUGAAAGAACUGGAGACAGAGAAGUGGCUCAUAAAAUUGUAUUUCCCAAGGCAUAGAUUUGUCACGCCCUUACCUUAGUUAUCUUUGUAGUCUUUAUUAUUUUGAUUAGGUCAGGGUGUGACGAGGGUGGUUUGUUUCGUUUUUGUAUUGUCUAGGGGUUUUUGUAAGUCUAGGGGUUUUUGUAAGUCUAGGUGUUUAUAUGUCUGUGGUUGCCUGGAUUGGUUCUCAAGCAGAGGCAGCUGUUUAUCGUUGUCUCUGAUUGGGGACCAUAUUUAGGUAGCCAUAUUCCUUGGGUAGUUUGUGGGUUCUUAGUCUAUGUUAAGUUGUCUGUCUGCAUUAGCCGUAAUAGCUUUACGUUAUGUAUAGUUUUGUUCAGUGUUCGAUCUUCCAUUAAAAUAAGUAUGUACGCUUACCACGCUGCGCCUUGGUCUCCUCUAUACGACGACCGUGACAAGAUUUGAUAUCAGGGUUUCCCUUUUUACAGCCUAAUAGCUUAUAGUUCAUGGAAAUGUAGUCAGUGACAUCACCUCAAUUGUAAAAAUAUUGACUUUAUUUACAAAAAAAUCUUGCUGACUUAUUUGAUUACUAUGAUUCAUUUUGUAUUUACUCUUUUAAAUGAUUACAGAAGGAUUGUGUUAAGGCUUGUAUUCCAUACUCUGUUGAUUAGAAUUGCUUGCCAAAACAAUAAAAGAGCUCAAAUCUAAUUGUAUUGGUCACAUACACGUGUUUAGCAGAUGUUAUUGCGGGUGUAGUGAAAUGCUUGAGCUUCUAGUUCCGACAGUGCAAUAAUAUCUAACAGGAAAUAUAUAACAAUUUAACAACAUAUACCCAAUACACACAAAUCUAAGUAAGGAAUGGAAUUAAGAACAUAA